CAUACGCUAAACAUGAAGAAAACUUUCUUGUCUUCCAUGUUCAUUUUUCCCUUUCCAUUUCCGAACGGUUUCUUCUAUAUUUAUUUAUAUGUUCGUGAUUGAUGCUAUUGACAACAUACAACUAAGGGGAAAUGCGAAUAGUAAUAGAUAUAUGUAUAAUUCAUUAUGCAAUUUUAUAGAAUUAAAUCUUAUUUAUCUUCAGAUAUAAAAACUAUAUUUACCAGCUGAAACACUAACGCAUAUGCAGUAUAAUAUAAUCUACUUAACAAUCUCGUUUUAGUUAUAAUAUGUGAUUAAUUCUUUUGCUAUUUCGCUAUAAACAGUUUCUUGUGCAUACAAUAUUUUUUUAUAGUAUUCUAAUAUAUUGUUAGAUAUUGUAAAGAAAGUAAAGUACAGUUAUUGAAGUUUGGGAACAUUCAAUGUUAACCUUGCUUCAAAAAAUAAUCUUUCGAAUGAAUGGGGAAUAGAUUUUUAGUAUUAUAGUUGGUAUAAUGUCAUCAUUGUUUACAAUGUGUUAGAGUUAAAGAAAUGAGACAAAUUAAUAUUUCAGAAGCAAAUUCAAUAUUUAAAUGAUGUUAUUUUAAAAUGGCAGAUGAUAUGAAUGUUCUUUUUAUACGAGGAAAUGGAAACGUAUGUAUGGUAAUGGAAACGAUACAGACACAGCCAAUGAUAAUGUUUGGGAUGAUAGUGCAUUAAUAGAAGCAUAUGAUAAAGCAAUAUAUUUAGCAAAAGAAGAAGUUAUCAAGCGAAUGGGAAUGGAUGUUGGAAAUUCUCAACCGAAAGAAAACCUACAAAAUCUUAAGCAGCCUAAACACGCAAGUAAAUUACACAAGAAAUGGAUCAUAGGAGCACCUUAUCGUGCAAUAUACUCAGAGGAUGGAGAAACUUAUGAAGCUAUAAUAUCAAAAAUUUACGAAAACAAUGAAUCAGAAGGUUUGCAAAGUCAAAUAGCACAACAAAAGAAAGCUUUGGAAGAGAAAUUCAAUGAAGAGAACGAUGAGACUUGUGAGACUAAUUUUUCUACAAAUGUAAAUUCGAAAAAAUAUAAUGUAGAAAAAAUGGAUUGUGACUCUGAAGAAGCAAAUGCGUAUAAACAUCACUUCAUACCGGGACCAUCUUUCAAUUCGAUGACUGAUAUAAUGCCACCUGCACCUCCUUUACCACCACAAUUAAUGGCCAAAUUACCAGAUAAUGAUACAGACGCACUUUCAAGUAUGUUGAUGUCAUGGUAUAUUAGUGGUUACAUGGUAUAUUACACAGGUUAUUAUCAUGGUUUGAAACAAGCAAGAAACAAUCAAGAGAACAGGAAGAACUGUUGAUUAUAUCAAUUUUUUCAAUAACAAUAUAACGAUAAUAUAAGAUAUAAUAAAAUAUAAAACUCAUUGUAUUUAUUUACUUCAAUUAUUUGAAAUAAAGAACAGCUUUAUUUUCAUAUAA